CAACCGCUCUCAUAAAACCCCAUAUAUAAGCUAGCCCAACGCCUCUUCCGCUCACUCUCUAUAGCAGAAGCCAUUGAGACCGUGAGACCCAUUUCUGCACACUCAUCAUUCGAAGUAUGAAUUAUCAGAAUUUACCUUGAUCUUUCGACACUUUCAAUGAUUCCAGAAGAGAUCGUAUCACCACAAGUGGGGGUGAGGUCAGUCAACUAAAAAUGCAGGUGGUGGUGUAGAGAGAUUCCAUGUUAGCAUGGAGAAAACAAGGGCUAUCUCUGUUUUUACUCAUGGAUUUCUUCACAAACUUCUGGAAGAAUCAAGAAAACUUGAGAAUCAUGCAACUAAAGCUGAAGAGAUUGGGCAAGAACAGAUUGAAUUUCCUUAGCUCUAAACCUACAAGGAAGAGAGAGAGGUAAGGAAUUUUUUUAAUUUUUUAAUUUUUUAAUUUUAUUAUUAUUAUUUUUUAACUUGAAUCUACUCCCUUGCAUUGAGUUUGAGUUGCAAAUAUUACUCAACUUGUCAUAGAAUUUAGAAAUUAUUUUAUCUUUUCACACAUUCUAAUACCCUCAAACUUGACAUUUAACAUUUAUAUUUUCAAAAACUUCACAACAAAAUUGCUCUCAUGAGUAACAAAAAAUAUAUAUAUCUCAAGCCUUUUUAACAUGUUUUGCAUAUUGUAAUCCUAUGAAAGUAAUCAAAACUAGCUUCAUUAAAGAUGCUAUAGAGGGAUCUAGCUUUUUCUCACGGCCUUUAUUAUCAAAUUUAUCUCAUUCAUGUUUUGCCUUUAGUUCACUAGGGGAUUUACUAGUUCCAUCAAAUAUUAAUGAAGGUCUUCAACCAAAUUCAACUACAUUCCGGACACGUUUUUUUAAAAAAAUAAUAAAAAAAAUUCAUAUGAUCUUUCCAAUGGAAGUAGUUUUUUUCAUUGAAACAAGGUAGGAAUUUAACCAAAUUCAACUAUAUUAUUUUAGGGAAAGUUAGGUUUUGGGUCGGUGAUGUGGAAAAUAUAUGAUUUUGAUAACCCAAUUUUACGUAUUUCAAAAUUAAUAAUGUAAUUAGAAAAUAUUUGGAGAAUCAUGCACUUUCAGCUUAUGUGUAUUUUAAUGCCAAAAAUACCCUUCACCUUGCCAGCUAAGCCUUCCACAUCUGAAAAUUCAUAAGAGAAAAAACCCUCAGAAAAGCCACAAAGCCAAUAUUUCUCUCAUAUACUGCUUUUCCCAUUCUCAAUCUCAGAAACCCAAAAUGCUGUAAAACCUAACCUCUUUCAUUUCUGUAACAUUCUCGUCUCCCAUUUUGUUGAUAAACAUCAACAGCCCAAAACCUAACUUUCCCAAAAAAAAAGUAAUAAUGCUGCGGAGGAGAAGAAUUUAUCAGGUGGAUGUGUUGGUAAAUGAGAAACGAAUCAGAAGGAAGAGACAUGGGACUACGGGAGGAAAUCGGGAAAGGUGAUAUCCUUAUUGUUCCCAAAUUACUUGAUCCAGAAACCCUAAUUUCUGAAACGAAGGUCAGAUCCGGGGAAAAUUGGUGAUCGGAAUCAAUGGUGGGUGCAUCGAGCUCAUGGUCUCGCACACUGGUUCAGAUCUCACCUUACACCUUCUCCGCCAUCGGCGUUUCCGUCUUGGGUGCCGCUUGGGAAUUUAUAUAACUGGAAGUAGUUUAAUUGGUGUUGCCAUCAAAGCUCUUCGGAUUACUUCAAAAAAUCUGAUCAGAUUUGGCAAGCUUAAGCAAUUUGGAGAUACUAGAUUUGAGUUAUAAUUCCUUAAGUGAGAUUAUUCCAUCAUCUAUAAGAUUGAUGUCUCAUCUCAAAUCUUUAUCCUUGGCUGGAAAUUACCUCAAUGGUUCUUUACAAAAUCAAGAUUUUGCAAGCUUAAGCAAUUUGGAGAUACUAGAUUUGAGUUAUAAUUCCUUAAGUGGGAUUAUUCCAUCAUCUAUAAGAUUGAUGUCUCAUCUCAAAUCUUUAUCCUUGGCUGGAAAUUACCUCAAUGGUUCUUUACAAAAUCAAGAUUUUGCAAGCUUAAGCAAUUUGGAGAUACUAGAUUUGAGUUCUAAUUCCUUAAGUGGGAUUAUUCCAUCAUCUAUAAGAUUGAUGUCCCAUCUCAAGUCUUUAUCCUUGGCUGGAAAUUACCUCAAUGGUUCUUUACAAAAUCAAGAUUUUGCAAGCUUAAGCAAUUUGGAGUUACUAGAUUUGAGUUAUAAUUCCUUAAGUGGGAUUAUUCCAUCAUCUAUAAGAUUGAUGUCUCAUCUCAAAUCUUUAUCCUUGGCUAGAAAUUACCUCAAUGGUUCUUUACAAAAUCAAGAUUUUGCAAGCUUAAGCAAUUUGGAGAUAUUGGAUUUGAGUUAUAAUUCAUUUAGUGGGAUUCUUCCAUCAUCUAUAAGAUUGAUGUCUUCUCUCAAGUUUUUAUCUCUAGCUGGAAAUCACCUCAAUGGUUCCUUACCAAAUCAAGGCUUUUGCCAACUGAACAAGCUUCAAGAGUUGGAUCUUAAUUCCAACUUCUUCCAAGGGAUCCUUCCUCCAUGUUUGAAUAAUUUAACAUCUCUGAGGUUAUUGGAUCUUUCUUACAACCUAUUCUCUGGAAAUGUUUCUUCUUCUCUGUUGCCUAGUCUCACAUCCCUGGAGUACAUCGAUCUCAGUUAUAAUCUUUUUGAGGGUCCAUUCUCUUUCAGCUCUUUUGCUAAUCACUCCAACCUUCAGGUGGUCAUACAUGGAAGUGAUAACAACAAAUUUGAGAUAGAAACUGAAUAUCCAGUUGGUUGGGUUCCCCUGUUUCAGUUGAAAGUGCUUGUGUUAUCCAACUGUAAGCUCAUCGGUGACCUUCCUGGUUUUCUUCGAUACCAAUUCAGAUUAACCAUGGUUGAUCUCUCCCAUAAUAACUUGACUGGAAGUUUCCCCAAUUGGCUGCUUGAAAACAAUACGAGACUAGAAUAUCUAGUCCUGAGGAAUAACUCUUUAAUGGGUCAACUACUUCCCCUCAGACCUAAUAGUCGUAUCACUUCUUUGGAUAUCUCAGACAACCAACUUGUUGGGGAAAUUCAACAAAAUGUGGCCAAUAUGAUUCCAAAUAUUGAGUAUCUAAAUUUAUCCAACAAUGGUUUUGAAGGUAUUCUCCCAUCCUCAAUAGCCGAAAUGAGUUUCUUAUGGUCGUUGGAUUUGUCUACUAAUAGUUUCUCAGGGAAAGUACCAAAGAAAUUGCUUGCGGCAAAACAUUUGGAGUUUUUGAAAUUAUCAAAUAAUAAAUUUCAUGGUGAAAUAUUUUCAAGGGACUUUAACUUGAUUCAGUUAGAGUUUUUGUAUUUGGACAAUAAUCAGUUCAGAGGAACACUGUCAAAUGUAAUCUCCAGAAGCUCUUGGUUAGUGGUGUUGGAUGUGAGCAACAACAACAUGUCAGGUGAAAUUCCAAGUUGGAUAGGUAACAUCGAUUUGACUACACUGGUGUUGGGCAACAAUAGUUUUAAAGGCAAAUUACCACCUGAGAUUUCUCAAUUGCAGCAGUUGGAGUUUCUUGAUGUUUCUCAAAACACUCUUUCAGGAUCUCUUCCUUCUUUGAAGAGCAUGGAGUAUUUAAAGCAUCUACAUUUGCAAGGGAACAUGUUUAUAGGAUUAAUACCCAGAGAUUUUCUCAAUUCCUCAAAUCUAUUGACUUUGGAUAUCAGAGACAACAGGUUAUUUGGAAGUAUCCCCAAUUCAAUCUCUAGACUUUUGGAGCUAAGGAUUUUUUUGCUAAGAGGAAACCUUUUAAGUGGUUUCAUUCCAAAUCAGCUUUGUCAUUUGACUAAAAUAAGCUUGAUGGAUCUUUCAAACAACAAUUUUUCUGGGUCAAUUCCCAAAUGCUUUGGUCAUAUCCUUUUUGGAGACUUCAAAACUGAGCACGAUGUGUAUAAACCGAUGUUUAAUCCAUAUUCAAGAAGCGCUCCUUCUAUAUAUACAGGUUACUUAGUAAAAUAUUUAUUUUUCUCUACUGAGGAACAACAUGAUGAAGUAGAUGAAGUUGAGUUUGUUACCAAGAAUAGGUCUAGCUCCUACAGAGGUGGCAUCCUUGAUUUCAUGUCUGGAUUGGACUUAUCAUGUAACAACUUGACAGGUGAAAUCCCUCAUGAACUUGGAAUGCUAAGUUCGAUUUUGGCAUUGAAUUUGUCUCAUAAUCAAUUGAAGGGCUCCAUUCCAAAGAGUUUCUCCAAACUUUCUCAAAUAGAGAGCUUAGACCUUUCUUAUAAUAAACUGAGUGGAGAAAUUCCUCCAGAGUUGAUUGGACUCAAUUUUUUAGAGGUGUUCAAUGUGGCUCACAACAACAUCUCUGGUAGAGUUCCAGAUAUGAAAGAACAAUUUGGGCCAUUUGGUGAAAGCAGCUAUGAAGAUAAUCCUUUUCUUUGUGGGCCAAUGUUAAAGAGGAAAUGCAAUACAAGUAUUGAGUGGCCAAACUCACCAUCACAACCUUCUCAAGAAAGUGAGGCAAAAUGGUAUGAUAUCGAUCAUGUUGUUUUCUUUGCAAGUUUUGUUGCAUCAUAUAUCAUGAUAUUGCUAGGAUUUGCAGCCAUCCUUUACAUCAACCCUUACUGGCGUCAAAGAUGGUUCAAUUUUAUUGAGGAAUGUAUAUAUUUUUGUUAUUAUUUUGCUUUUGAUACUCAUUCCAAGUUAUUAACAUAUUUGUAUAAUUAGAUACUUUUAGUUUGGAUGAUGUUUGUAUAAGUAACCACUACUUGUUUCUGGCAUAGAACCAAAUAUGGUGAUACAAAUAAUAAUCAUCUUUGUGUUUACUAGUGAAAUAA